GCACUGGGUCUGGUCAUGUUAAUUAUCAUUGUAGCAGAGGCUGAAAACGACCUUCGGUUCUCUUACUUGAGAAGAGAAAGGGAGAAGUGGGUUGUGGGCUUAAGAAAGAUGAGGACCAACUUCCUUCUCUUGGUCUGUCUAACAAUAAUUUUCUGUGUUUCUGGAGUUUGUCAAGGCGGUGGCCUAAGGAAAAACUUCUACAAGCAUAGCUGCCCCGGUGCAGAGGACACCAUUAAGAACAUCAUUUGGAAGAAUGUUGCUGCUGAUUCUGGUCUGCCUGCAGACCUCCUCAGGAUGCAUUUCCACGAUUGCUUUGUUAGGGGUUGCGAUGGUUCAGUGUUAUUGGAUUCCCCGAAUAAGACAGCUGAGAAAGACUCAAUUCCAAACCUAACUUUGGAAGGUUUCGAUGUUAUUGAUGAGGUGAAGGCUGCAGUUGAGAAACUCUGCCCUGGAGUUGUUUCUUGUGCUGAUAUACUUGCUUUGACUGCUAGAGAUGCUGUUGCAUUCCAAUUCAAGAAGCCUCUGUGGGAGGUGCUUACCGGUAGAAGAGAUGGGAGGGUGUCAAGAAAAUCUGACGCUGACGCCAACAUUCCUUCACCCUUCUCCAACUUCACCACUCUUAAGCAAAAUUUUGCUGCCAAAGGGCUCACUGUCCAUGACCUUGUGGUCUUAUCAGGGGCUCAUACCAUUGGACAAGGACACUGCAAUCUGUUCAGCAACAGGCUCUACAACUUCACAGGCAAAGGGGAUGCAGACCCUUCUUUAGACCCAAGCUAUGCUGCCUUCUUGAGAACACAAUGUCGUAGCCUUGCAGAUAACACAACCAAGGUAGCCAUGGACCCCCGGAGUGAUGAAUCUUUCGACAACCACUACUUUGUAAGCCUGAAACAACACAAAGGUCUCUUCCAAUCUGAUGCUGCCCUCCUCACCACAAAGAUCUCAAGCAAUAUUGUGAAUGAAUUGAUCAACUCAAGAAAGUUCUUUACGGAAUUCGCCCAGUCAAUUAAGAAGAUGGGAGCCAUUGAAGUCCUUACUGGUACUAAUGGAGAGAUCAGAAAGAAAUGUAAUGCUGUCAACUAGACCUCUUGAUUACUUUCUCUAUCGUUUUGGAUGAGUGGUUGUUUGAGUUCGUUGGAUGCAUGUGUCAACGUUGAAUAAGAUGGUUUAAUUUCUUUCCACCUGUCAACUUAUAUUAUUAUUCCUUUGAACUAUA